CGGCGGCGCGGUUUCCCUCCGUCAGGAGGGGAGUCUCGGGAGCGCACACCGGAAGGCGGGGCGGCGAGCGGCCCGGCCGUGCUCAUCUCCAGGAGAAGAUGACUGUGUUCUUCAAAACACUUCGGAAUCACUGGAAGAAAACCACAGCUGGGCUCUGCUUGCUGACAUGGGGAGGUCACUGGCUCUAUGGGAAACACUGCGAUAACCUGCUAAGGAGAGCUGCCUGUCAAGAAGCUCAGGUGUUCGGUAACCAACUCAUUCCUCCCAAUGCACAAGUGAAGAAAGCAACUGUUUUUCUCAAUCCUGCAGCUUGCAAAGGCAAAGCCAGAACUCUGUUUGAGAAGAAUGCUGCCCCUAUUUUACAUUUGUCUGGCAUGGAUGUGACUGUCAUUAAGACAGAUUAUGAGGGACAAGCUAAGAAACUGCUGGAACUGAUGGAAAGCACAGAUGUGAUCAUUGUUGCUGGAGGAGAUGGGACGCUGCAGGAGGUUGUUACAGGAGUUCUUCGAAGAACAGAUGAGGCUACCUUCAGUAAGAUUCCCAUUGGAUUUAUCCCACUGGGACAGACCAGUAGUUUGAGCCAUACCCUCUUUGCUGACAGUGGAAACAAAGUCCAACAUAUUACAGAUGCCACACUUGCCAUUGUGAAAGGAGAGACGGUACCACUUGAUGUCUUAGAAAUCAAGGGUGAAAAAGAACAACCCGUGUUUGCAAUGACUGGCCUUCGCUGGGGCUCCUUCAGAGAUGCUGGCGUCAAAGUUAGCAAGUACUGGUAUCUUGGGCCUCUAAAAAUCAAAGCAGCUCACUUUUUCAGCACUCUUCAGGAGUGGCCUCAGACUCACGAAGCCUCCAUCUCCUACACAGGGCCUAAAGAGAGACCACCCAGUGAACCAGAAGAAAUCCCUCCCCGGCCCUCUCUGUACAGGAGAAUCCUUCGCAGGCUCGCCUCAUACUGGGCACAACCACAGGAUGCCCUUUCCCAAGAGGUGAGCCCAGAGGUCUGGAAUGAUGUAAAGCUGUCCACCAUCGAGCUGUCCAUCACAACCCGGAACAGCCAGCCAGACCUGAUGGGCAAAGAGGACUUUAUGAACAUCUGUAUUGAACCUGACACUGUCAGCAAAGGAGACUUUAUUACCAUAGGAAGUAAAAAGGUGAGAAACCCCAAGCUUCGAGCAGAUGGCACCGAGUGCCUCCAGGCAAGCCGCUGCACGCUGCUGCUUCCGGAGGGAACGGGGGGCUCUUUCAGCAUCGACAGCGAGGAGUACGAAGCGAUGCCCGUGGAGGUGAAGCUGCUGCCCAGAAAACUGCGCUUCUUCUGCGACCCCAGGAAGCGGGAAGAAAUGCUGCAGAGCGCAGCCCAGUGAGGCCCGGCACGCCGCCCCGCCGGCCGGCCGCCGCCGGACCGGGCACGUCGGCCCCCACCACCUGCCCCACCGCUCCACCCGCUCCACCCGCCGGCGCAGCGCUGCCCCCAGCCCCUCUCCCCUCCUCUUCUAUCCGCGCUCCUUCCGCGCGCAUGCGUGGCGCCUCCUGCACGUCUGCGCAUGCGCUCCAGGCGUGCGGAGGGGCGGGUCCGGCUAGCACAGGCACGUGCUGGCACUGGCGCUCUGGCUGCAGGGGUCCCCAGGCAAGCCCGCGGCCGCCCAGACACCUCCUCCCCCUCGUGUGUGCGCUGGAACCUCGUGAGCUCUUGUUUCAGUGUCAUCCUCCACCCAAAAGCAAGUGUCAAGGGUUUCUCCCAUCCAGUCCCCUCUAAAUGCGGGGUCCAGGUUGUGCCGGCCUGCCGCGGACUGACAGCCUGGUAGCUGGGCCCGGGCCAGGCCCCAGAGCGCCAUCGCCGGCCGCCGUGGCCUCCCCUGCGCAGUGCGUGCGGAGCGGUCCACAGACGCCUGCGCAGUGCGUGCGGAGCGGUCCACAGACGCCUGCGCAGUGCGUGCGGAGCGUCCACAGACGCCAGGCCCACCAUCAACACCCAACGCCCGCCGCUCUUCAAGGGAGAUGAAACAGCUGGCAGUGGCCUUCCUGGAGCCGUGUAAAUAUUCACCUUAAAAUAAGAAGUGUGAAGCCACCCGUUUAAACACAUCAGUAGAUUUUAAAUACCAGAGCAACUUGAUGCCCCUCCUUCAUUUAUAACAAUAAAGGAACUCGUUCUUCAGUGGUUGAAA